UGAGCGAGUACAGCGCGAUUGCAAAGAGUGGGAGGGCUGGUUGGGAACACGGGAUGAAAACAUUGGAGAGCCACGCCGCCCACUAAACAAGCCGAAGCGCGCACUAACAGUUUCGCAACCAGCUCUGCCGCCGCCGCCGCUGCUGCUGCUGCCCCGUUUAAAUGCACAGGGGAGCGGAGGAGAACAGACACCCACCGCCGUACAGCAGGCAGACAGAGGAACUAACAAAAGAGAUCCUUCAUGACCUGAUUUACAUGAUUCAGCACCACGACUGAUCGAAACAGGUUGGAUUCCCGUCCGCUCCAGUCUGGAUGAAGGGCCAUGUUGACCUCAAAGGGCUGUGAUGUCACUGUGAAGUCGUGGACGGUGUUGGAGCCAGCUGUGCUUUUCCUCUUGCAUUUUUUCUAGAGCCAGUUAAUUUGCGAUUACCUGCCAAUACUUUUUCCUGGAAAUGGAGACUCUUUCCCAGGAUUCAAUUCUGGAGUGCCAGAUCUGCUUUAACUACUACAGCCCCCGACGGCGGCCCAAACUCCUGGAUUGCCGACACACGUGCUGCUCGGUGUGUUUGACCCAGAUGCGUAGCAGCCAGAAGGAGAUCCGCUGCCCCUGGUGUCGCGGUGUCACCAAGCUCCCCGCAGGCCUGUCUGUCUCUCACCUCCCGGAUGACCCAGACAUCAUCACCGUCAUCGCCAUCCCUCAUGCCUCAGAGCACACGCCCGUCUUCAUCCGCCUCCCCAGCAAUGGCUGCUACAUGCUGCCCAUCGCUAAAGAACGGGCAUUGGGCUUGCCAGGGGAGCUGGGAUGUCGCUUCCUGCCUGGCAGCCAGCAGAAGGGGGUGACGGUGGUGACUGUACCGGAGGAGCAGCCUCUGGGUCUGGCUAUGGGUCUGGAGAAUGUGGGGGUGGCUCUGGAAGGCAGUGAGGUUGAGAGGAGGGUUACUGGUCCAGUGGGAGGAGGAGGUAAGGGCUCCACGUGGUCUGGAGUGUGCACAGUGAUCCUGGUGGCGUGUGUGCUGCUCUUCCUCCUGGGCAUCGUGCUGCACAACAUGUCCUGCAUCUCCAAACGCUUCACUGUUAUUUCCUGCGGCUGAGGGAAGGUGCCGCGAACCCCCCUCAGGAUUCCCUCCCACUCGCCCUGCCUCUCCUCAGGGCGGGACUCUGUUGAGGAGAGGGGACUAAACUCACAUCAUGGGCGUUAAAGGAAACUCCAGAGCAGUGCAGAGAGACACUGAUGAUGAUCAUGAAAAAGAGGGCAGGAAGGAGAACCACAAACUGGUCUAACAUUGUCUUUUUUAAUCCUUGAAAUGGAAAUAUGCAUUUAAACCCUCACUCUCCUCUCAUUGGACAGCACUCUGCUGGCCUCAACACUCCCACCCUCCUCCAUUCCUUCCAUUUCCCUGAAAGAACGCUUUGGGAAUCCCUCCAGACGUGUUUCUGGCCGGCGGAUUUUUUUUUUUGGCUGGAAGCCGUGCUGACACUCACACUCGCUGCGGUCAGAUUGCCUGUUUAAUCUGUGGUUUGUAGAGUGCAUCAGAAAUCAUCAUAGUGUUUAGAUGAGCGUGGGCUCCGAGUGUGGCUUCUCCAGGUGGUGCCGCAGCACGGGGAGUCCGGACUUGGCUGCUCUUUGUUUCUGAUGUUGCAGGAAUCAGCUGUUUAGGAUUUUUGUCUGCAUCCUCCAGCCUGAAUAUUCUGGGGAGCUAAAAUCAGUUUAUUUUCUUCUUAUUUUUUAGUUGUUAAUACAACCUGUGCAGAGCAAACUGUUGCUAUGAUAGAUUCACAAAGUUAGUAAAAGCUGUGUUGUCAAAAAUAUGGAUUUUAAUGUUCAUACAUACCAGCUGAACUACAAACGCAGGUAGUACUGAGUUGCUUUAUUAAGGCUUUGAAAAGUAAAAGAUGUUGAUUGAAUUGAUUGUCAUUGGAUCCGGCCUCUUAUAUAUCAGGUUUUUUCUGUCUUGUAUCAGUGUAACAUAAAUAUUCUUGUAUCUUGGCCUGUUAUUUGCACAUAAAGCUGUCAGUUAGGCUUUUUUCUGUCAAAUUAUAAUUGGCAGACUUGGUAUAAGCAAGUUGAUGAAGAAAUGACUAAAAAGCCCUAGAAUUGGUAAUUAAUUAAUUUAAAGAAAAAAUUUGAGCAUUUUGGUGAAAAACUUUGCCUCACUACAGACAAUUAGAUGAGAAAAUGAUCAAUAUCACCUCCACAUCUGUCUUCUAGCAGUGGAGAAAACAUUACUCAGCAUAGCAAAAUAUGGAAUUGGGGGGAAAACGGGUACUUUUUUUUUAAUGCACAUACCAACAUGUUAAAGGCCAUCAAUUCAUUAUUUUCAGUCAGCUCUGGAAAUCCUGUAGAAUUGCAAACACUUGCAAUCCAUAUAGUAUUUUAACAACAACUGUGAAAUCUAAAUUAGAGCACCAAAUUAGUGAUUAUCAGCAGGUAAUAGUGUCAUAAUGGGUCAAUAAUUCGGUAAAGAAUAAAAAAAAAAAAAAAAAAACAGUAGUUUUAAUGAUAUAAUAAGUGCUAAUUAGCUACUUGGCUAUAAAAGAAAACCAUGCCACAAAGCUCCUGGCACAGGGUUUUUGUGCUGAUGUUAAUGCCAUAAGAGGUUUGCUGUGGUUCCUAAAUGUUUCCACUUUGAAAUAAACACUUAAGAGUUGAUUGUGAAAUAUCUAGGAGGGAGGAAAUUUGACAAUCUACCGUAUUACAACAGUGGCAUCCUAUUACAGCACCACACAUGUGUUCAGUGAGCUCUGUAGAUCGACCUGAUCUUUCACAAGUGUUUGUGAAGGCAGACUGCACGACUAGAUGCUUGGUUUAAUGCCUCUGUGGCAAUGAGACUGAAAACACCUGAAUUAACCAAACAGCAAUUGCUGAAAGAUUAAAAGGCCCGAUACAGCCUGCCUGAUUCACAAAAGAUGAUGGUUCAGAUUAAAAUAUAUGCUUUUGUUUCGUUAUCCUAACCGUUUCCAAGUUUAGAAGAGAGAGAUACUCUAAAUAAAGUGCACAUUUUAUAUGCACUGAUUCACACAGCUGCCAACUUUAAACAUAACUUUAUGUCUACAUGGAGUCUACUUUUAUAAUAUAGGCAUAUGUGCACAAUAUCACUUAUGAAAGGCCACACUAGUAAAUUUUAUACAUUGCAACCUUACAUUUAAAAUUGUUUUGCAAAUUUUAUACAUUGCAACCUUACAUUUAAAAUUGUUUUGCCAUUUCCAAGUAACUUUAUAAAAUCACAACUAAAUGGUGUUCCUUUAUUUCUUUACAGAUCAAGAUAAACAGAUUACAUUAAAUUUAGAGCAUCAGAAUAUCUUUGAAGGCAUGUUUUUGAACUUUGAAGGGAGCCCGGCUACCGUUCCCUUUUUUUUUUUUUUGCCAAGUAGCUAGCUAGCACAUCAGCCUUUCAAAUAACACCAAAAAAAUGAAACGAGAAAACAUCAAGUUGUGGUUCUUAGAAAAAAAUCAAUAUAGAGCUUAACAGAUUAUCUGUAAAGGCAUAUUUGUUAACUUAAGAGAGCUCUUCAAAUAUUCAAAGUUAAUGAAUAGUUUUCUCCCAGCUUUCAAUUAGCUAACUAGUAAGCUAGCUUUCCACAUAUCUACCGAUUUUAAAAAAAAAAAAAAAAAAAAAAAAAAAAAAAAAAA